CUCAUUACGCCCCCUUACCCUCAACCACCACCCUCACCCCCUUUUCCACCACUAGCACCAUCGUCGCAGCCACAACUCUCACCCCCAUGCCAUGGCCAUACCCACUACCAUCCCAUCGCGCACCCCGCUUCCUCUUUCUCCUCCUCCUCCUCCUCUCCGAGCUCUAGCUCGCCCCCAUCCUCAUUCCCGACUCCGACACCCACACCCCUCAAUCAUCACAUGCCAUACUGCCCACCCACCAACCAACAACAAUCUCAAGCCACCCAGCUCCGACCCAUCCGGAUGUCGAUGUCAAUGGCAGGUGGGACGGCCCGAAAUGCUUCCACCACGCGCUUCCCGAGGCGUUAGCGAAGAGCGCCACAAGGGCGAC